GUCGUUACGCGGAUGAGAUAGUCACAGUGUAGCCUCGUCGAUUGAUUGAAUCUGUGUACCUUUUCUUUUGGCUUCGGUGGUGAUGUACGUAUUCUUCGGGGACUUUCUCGAAGACGGAUUGAGACGUGCAACGGCUGGUGUUUAAGUGACAGGAAUCGAACGCGUUCAAACAGCUGGAAAAUGGAGGAAGAGGAGAGCCUCGACUGCCCCGUUUGUUUCGAGCAGUACAACGACGGCUCUCGUACUCCGAAGAUGAUGUCCUGCCUCCACACCGUCUGCGCGAGUUGUAUCCUUGACCUCCUGGACCUCGAGAGUCAGCAUCGAGGAGGAGCGAGGGAGCCUGAGAUCCCGAGAGGUCAGAGGGUUCAGUGUCCUUUCUGCCGGGAGAACAUUUUGACGGACAAGAUGCAGACCAAUAGGUAUAUCGUUGCUCACCUCCGUCACCUCAUCCGCCUGGGAAGCUUGGACUACGGAGAGCCUCAGCACAAGACUGCCCAGGGUACGGGUGCGGCCAGGGUGAAGGCAAUGGGCGUCCCUGUGUUUCCCAUGAAGCAGCAACUUUCUCCUCACUUGGCUUCUAAUUCUCCUCUCUCCCAACGGCCCACAUCUCCUCCUCCUCCUCUUCCUCUAAGGAAUCGACCGCCUCCUCUUCCUCUGAGAACACCUCCAUCUCCUCAAUCCGAAGGCAUCGUCGUUAAGCCUCCACCGGCCUUCCCGUUCGGCGGACAUCCGCGGAGUCCUUCUCCGUCUGCUUCUUCUCGUCCUUCUUCUUCUCCGCCUCCCCCACCUACCUACUCUCCUCCAAAUGCUUACCCUCCUACACCUGUCUAUCCCCCUCCACCUGUCUACCCCCCUCCACCACCCCCACCACUCUUAUCUUCCUCUCACCCUCCUUUCCCUCCUUGCUCUCUUCCACCUCUUUCUCCUUACCCUAUUUCCCCCCAACAUUCCCUUCCUUCUCCUUCGUCAUCCUCGCCCUCAGGUCCUCCUCCAAGCCAGCAGCACCAAAUGUAUCCAACUCUUUCGCGAUUUUCUGACGACUCGAACGACCUCCGCCCACGACCUUCCUCUGUCUCGACGUCCCCUGUCACUCCCUGCCAGGACACCGUGUCACCGUCAGCGCCCCCUUCCGUAGAGACCGUGGAAGGAGAUCUGUGGUGCAGAACCUGUGAUGAACCAGCCAGGAAGUUCUGCAUAGACCACGAAGUCGUUCCUCUUCUGAAGGGAGACGAAAUUACCUGGAUUGAAGAACUGCAAAGAAAACAGCUUCAGGAAGAACAGGAUUUGGCGCUGGCUGUGCAACUGUCUGAGGUUGCAUUGGUUGACUCCUCGAGCUCGUCUGCCUCUCCUACGAGCCCUGGUGUUAUUGUUCCUGUUGGGAGAAGAGAGGGCGUCUGGAAGGGCAUGGCGUCGUCAAAAGCCAAGAAGAUCGAAAUCAGCAAAUGGACCUACAAUGAAUUACGUCAUGCUAUUAACUUCUCCAAAGAUCCCCAGUUGAUUAAGCAUUGCCACAAGGAACUCCAAAGACGAUGGAAGGAAUACAAUCGAACGAUGAAGAAGAAACAGAAGAAAGAGAGAAGAAAAUUGCGUUAACAAAAGACCGGAAAACGAUGGAGUGCAGCGAGGAAUUUCAUCAACGUCUACAAAAAUACACUGCCUGGAAAGUUAGAAACAAGAAGGCGACUUGACCUAUUUACUCCCGUGACAGGUCAAAGCAGGUCACACGAGACGACGAAAACAACGGGCGUAUUUGCUUUUGAUGAAAUGUUUUUGUUAUUAUUAUUAUUGUUAUUAUCAUUUUCAUUAUUAAUGUUAUUGUUGUUAUUAUCAUUGUUAUUAUCAUUUUCAUUACUAAUGUUAUUGUUAUUAUUAUUGUUAUUAUCAUUUUCAUUAUUAAUGUUAUUGUUAUUAUUAUUAUUGUUAUUAUCAUUUUCAUUAUUAAUGUUAUUGUUGUUAUUAUUGUUAUUUUCAUUUUCAUUAUUAAUGUUAUUGUUAUUAUUAUUAUUGUUAUUAUCAUUUUCAUUAUUAAUGUUAUUGUUAUUAUUACUAUUGUUAUUAUCAUUUUCAUUAUUAAUGUUAUUGUUAUUAUUACUAUUGUUAUUAUCAUUUUCAUUAUUAAUAUUAUUGUCAUUAUUAUUAUUGUUAUUAUCAUUUUCAUUAUUAAUGUUAUUGCCAUUAUUAUUAUUGUUAGUAUCAUUUUCAUUAUUAUUAUCAUUACUUUUUAUAAUCUUACUAAUGAUGCUAGUGAUAUCAAUAUUACUAUUGUUAUUGUCAUUAUCACUGUUAUCAUUAUUAUUAUUGUUAUUAUUAUUAUUAUUAUUAUUGUUAUGAUUAUUAUCAUUAUGAUGAUUAUGAUUAUUUAUGAUUGCUGCUAUUGUUAUUACUA